CAUCCACCCUCAACCAACCAGCUCAAUCAUGUGGAGCAGGAGCAGCUCAUUCGCUGCAGUCCUCUUCGCCCUCUUUGCACUCCUCUUCGUCCCUGCCUCACAUGCAGACGAUGCAGCACAAGAAUACGGCAAAGUCAUUGGUAUCGAUCUCGGAACAACCUACUCGUGUGUCGGCGUGAUGCAAGGCGGACGAGUCCAAAUCAUCGCCAACGACCAAGGUAACCGUAUCACACCCUCCUGGGUCGCCUUCACCGAUGAUGAACGUCUUGUCGGUGAUGCCGCCAAGAACCAAUUCUCAGCAAACCCAGAAAACACCGUGUAUGACGCGAAACGUUUCAUUGGUCGUACCUUUGAAGACAAGGAAGUGCAAAAGGAUAUGAAGGGUCUUCCCUUCACCAUGGUCAACAAAGGUGGUCGUCCCAGUGUCGAAGUCAAGGUGAAGGGCGAGAAGCGUCAAUUCACACCCGAAGAGAUUUCCGCCAUGGUGCUCGGUAAGAUGAAGGAAACGGCAGAGUCCUUUUUGGGACACGCCGUGACCCAUGCUGUGGUGACAGUGCCGGCCUACUUCAACGAUGCUCAAAGGCAAGCCACCAAGGAUGCCGGUACCAUCUCGGGUCUCAAUGUCAUUCGAAUUGUCAAUGAACCCACGGCGGCUGCCAUUGCCUAUGGACUCGACAAGAAGGGUGAUGAACGCAAGAUUAUCGUGUAUGAUCUCGGUGGUGGUACCUUUGAUGUCUCCCUCCUCUCCAUUGAAGAAGGUGUGUUUGAAGUCCUUGCAACCUCCGGUGACACCCACCUCGGUGGUGAAGACUUUGACAACCGCGUCAUUGACCACUUUGUCAAGAUCUUCAACAAGAAGCACGACCUCGACUGUUCAAAGGACAAGAAGGCCCUCUCAAAGCUCAAGGCGGAAGUGGAAAAGGCAAAACGUACCCUCUCCUCUCAAAUGUCGACGCGUCUUGAAGUGGAAGUCUUCUUCCAGGGCAAGGAGCUCUCGGAGACCUUGACGCGUGCCAAGUUUGAGGAAAUCAACAUUGACCUCUUCAAAAAAACCCUCAAGCCUGUUGAGCAAGUCCUCAAGGAUGCCGGUGUUGCCAAGAAUGCAGUGGACGAUAUUGUCCUUGUUGGUGGUUCUACCCGUAUUCCAAAGGUUCAAUCUCUCAUUGAAGACUUCUUCAACGGCAAGAAGGCGUCCAAGGACAUCAACCCUGAUGAAGCUGUUGCCUAUGGUGCUGCUGUGCAGGGUGCCGUCUUGUCGCGUGAGGAAGGUGUUCAGGAUGUCUUGCUCGUUGAUGUCAACCCACUCACUCUUGGUAUUGAGACAACAGGUGGUGUCAUGACCAAGUUGAUUGGUCGCAACACCGUCAUCCCAACAAAGAAGUCUCAAAUCUUCUCAACGGCGUCCGACAACCAAGCUAUUGUUUCCAUUCAAGUGUUUGAAGGUGAGCGAUCCUUGACCAAGGCCAACAACUUGCUUGGUAAGUUCGACUUGACUGGUAUCCCACCUGCUCCUCGUGGUGUGCCUCAGAUUGAGGUGACCUUUGAGAUUGAUGAGAAUGGUGUCCUCAAGGUGACUGCACAAGACAAAGGUGCCGGUGGCAAGAUGGAGUCCAUCACCAUCUCCAACGACAAGGGCAGACUCUCAAAGGAAGACAUUGAGCGCAUGGUUGCUGAGGCUGAGCAGUUUGCUGAUGAAGAUGCAGCGACGCGUGAUCGUAUUGAGGCUCGCAAUGGUUUGGAGAACUAUGCCUUCUCCCUCAAGAACCAGUUGACGGAUGACGAAGGUCUCGGUGGCAAGAUUGACUCGGAUGACAAGAAGACGAUUCAGGAUGCCAUCAAGGAGACACUCGACUGGUUGGAGGAGAACGGUCAGACUGCUGGCAAGGAGGAUUUGGAGGAGCAGAAGGAGAAGUUGUCUGCUGUUGCCAACCCAAUCACCAGCAAGUUGUAUGGCGGCGCUGGUGGUGCCGGUGGCAGUGACUCUGCUGGCGAUGCUUACGACCACGAUGAGCUUUGAGCUAGACACAAAAAAUGAGGAUCUAUUCUGUUUCGUAGACGCACAUCCAGCUCUGGACAUGCA